GACUCCCCCUCUCUCUCUCUCUCUCUCUCUCUCUCUCUCUCUCUCUUUCUCUCUCUCCAUUCUGAGCUGCUGCACCACUGUCGGAUAUUUCCUCCGCAUCUGUUGUGCCUGACGCUCAUUUUACACGUCCAGUGUUUCUCAAAUGCUGCUCACCGAACCGAACCGCCGGAUUUCUCCCUCUUGAGCAUGAGAGGAAUCGCUAACCCGUCCGAAAGCCCGAACCAGAGCCCGAGAGCGCAGCAUGAGCCCCGCAGCCGGACCCGGAGCCUCAGCACAACUUUAAAGCCCCGACACACGGGAGAAUCCGAUUCAGGUCUCCUGAGAAUGGAGCGAGAAUGAGCAGAGAGCGGUCGACAGUGAAGCAUGAACUGGAGACUCAUUGAAGUCACUUACUUCCUGCUUAUAUGGGAACAUAUAACAGUUCAGUCUUCCCGCCAAGAGCCCUCGGCAAAUGAGCAGCAUGUUACAAGGCAGUUUGAUUGGCUCAUCUCUGACCGUGGGCCUUUCCACCACUCGAAGGGGUAUCUCUCCUUCAUGGAACGAUUCCGCCAAGGAUUUACCACCCGAUAUAAAAUCUAUAGGGAGUUUGCACGUUGGAAGGUGAGGAAUACAGCCAUCGAGAGGCGGGAUCUGAUUCGGAAUCCUCUGCCGCUGAUGCCGGAGUUCCAACGAAGUAUGCGGAUGCUGGGGCGACGGCCGUCCACGCAACAGUUCAUCGACACUAUCAUCAAGAAAUAUGGAACGCACAUCCUCAUAUCUGCCACACUGGGAGGUGAGGAAGCGCUCACCAUGUACAUGGCCAAGAACAAGCUGGACCGGAAGAUGGUGAAUGCCACCCAAGGAGUCGAGGCUCUGCACCAGCUCGCCUCAUCGUACUUCAUCGACCGCGAUGGCACCAUGCGCAAACUCCACGAGAUCCAGAUCUCCAGCAAUGCCAUCAAGGUGACGGAGACUCGGACUGGUCCGCUCGGCUGCAGUACAUAUGAUAAUCUGGACUCGGUCAGUUCAGUUCUGCUCCAGAGCCCAGAGAGCAAACUCCAUCUGCAAGGUUUGCAGGUCAUUUUUCCAGAGUACCUGCAGGAGAAGUUUGUCCAGUCUGCACUCAGCUACAUCAUGUGUAACGGCGAGGGUGAAUACGUGUGCCACAGCAGUCAGUGCAUCUGUCAGUGUGCUGAUGAGUUCCCACAAUGCAACUGUCCCACAACUGACCUACAGAUCAUGGAGAAUACACUUAUGGGCAUGGCAGAGACUUGGGAAGCAUCGUACAAUGACUUUGAGAGCUCAGAUGAGUUUAAAUCAUUUCUCAAGCGUUUACCUGCGACUCAUUUCCUGCCAGUGAGCAGUGUUCAUCUGCUGUGGGGCAGCGACUGGGAUCUUCAGAACCGAUAUCGGCUCCUGCAGAGCUCACUGGAGGUCCAAAGACUGAAGACCCAGCGUACGGCCCGCAAGCUCUUCGGUCUGAGCAUUCGUUGUCAUCACAACCCAAACCACCAGAUGCCCAGAGAGAGAUCGGUGCUCCAAUGGCUGAACCGGGUGCAGUCAUUCCUCUACUGCAAUGAGAAUGGUUUCUGGGGCACAUUCCUGGAGAGUCAACGCACCUGCGUGUGUCACACGGGGGCCAGCCUGUGCCAGCGGCCAAUCCCUUGCAUGAUCGGCGGAAACAACAGCUGCGCCAUGUGCAGCCUGGCCAACAUCUCCCAGUGCGGCUCCUGCAACAAGGGCUACAAGCUGUACCGCGGCCGCUGCGAGCCACAGAACGUAGACUCGGAGCGCAGCGAGCAGUUCAUCAGCUUUGAGACGGACCUGGACUUCCAGGACCUGGAGCUCAAGUACCUGCUGCAGAAGAUGGACUCACGUCUGCACAUCCACACCACCUUCAUCAGCAAUGAGGUGCGCCUGGAAACCUUCUUCGACCCGCGGUGGCGUAAGCGGAUGUCCCUGACGCUCAAGAGCAACAAGAACCGCAUGGACUACCUGCACAUGAUUGUGGGCUUGUCCAUGAAGAUUUGCCAGAUGCGCAACAGCAGUGUGGACCCCAUGUUCUUCGUGUACGUGAACCCGUUCAGCGGGAGUCACUCCGAGGGCUGGAGCAUGCCGUUCGGCGAGCACGGAUACCCGCGCUGGGAGAAAGUGCGUCUUCAGAACUCGCAGUGCUUUAACUGGACUUUGUUGUUGGGGAACCGCUGGAAGACCUUCUUUGAGACGGUGCACAUCUACCUGAGAAGCCGUGCCAAAGUGCCCACCGGCCUUCGGAAUGAUACAGGCCAGGGCCCGGUGGACUUGUCCGACCCCAACAAGCGGCAAAUCUACAUUAAGAUCUCGGACAUACAAGUGUUCGGAUACAGCUUGCGAUUCAACGCCGAUUUGUUGAGGAGUGCCGUGCAGCAAGUCAAUCAGUCGUACACGCAGGGUACCCAGUUCUACUCGUCCUCGUCCAUCAUGCUCUUGCUGUUGGACAUCCGUGAGAGAAUCAACCGUCUUGCCCCUCCAGUGGCCCCUGGGAAACCCCAACUGGACCUGUUCUCCUGUAUGCUGAAACAUCGACUCAAGCUUAAUAACAGCGAGAUGAUUCGAGUGAAUCACGCCUUGGACAUGUACAACACAGAAAUCUUGAAACAAUCAGACCACCUGACUACCAAACUUUGCUGAAAAAUACCGUUUGAGAGAAGAAAAUGUUCUAUAGAAAAAACUGUUUGAAGACAAAAAUCUUUUUAUUUUACUCUUUUGAUUUGGAACCUUUUAGUUUGCUUUUUGAUGUAUUAUUAACAACUUUGUAAGUGUAAUUGUUCAACGGAAACUAAAAAUACAGAUAAAUCAUUUUAGUUCACUAAAGAUGAUAAAUGAAAAAAAAAAAAAAAAAAUACUGUAUCAUAUUUGUCAAAGCAUGUCUGUCAUUUCCUAAAAGAAAAUAACGAAAAUAUAUAUAUAAAAAAAAAAAAAAAAAAAAAAAAAAAACAACAAAACAAAACAAAACAUAAAAA